CGCCCGCCCCGCCGAGCAGCACCGCGCGCUGGAUGGAAGAGCCGCCCCCCGCCGCCAGGCGCCCGGGGCCCGGCCGGGCAGCGCGGCCUCGGCGCCCGCAGCGCCGCCAGUGAUGGGCUGGGCUGAAGAAGAAAUGCUUCCUGAAUGGGGCUGACACUGCAGUCGCUGGAAUAUGCAGGCCAGGGGCCUUCCUGGCAGUGCCAACAGAGUGGACUGUGCCAAGGAGCCAAUUGCCAAGUUGCACAGGGGGGCCACGGCCGGAAGGCAUGGUGACAACUUUCAAGAUUGCCGUGCUUGGGGCUCAAGGGGUUGGAAAGAGCGCCAUCGUCCGACAGUUCCUCUACAACGAAUUCAGCGACGUCUGCGUGCCCACCAAGACGCGGCGCGUCUACCUGCCAGCCGUGGUCAUGAACGGCCAUGUGCACGACCUACAGAUCAUGGACUUCCCGCCCAUCACAUCUUUCCCAGUUAACACUCUGCAGGAGUGGGCAGACGUGUGCUGCAGGGGGCUCCGGAGUGUCCAUGCCUACAUCCUGGUCUAUGACAUCUGUUGCUUUGACAGCUUUGAGUAUAUCAAAACUAUUCGACAACAGAUCCUGGAAACAAGAGUCAUUGGCACAACAGAGACACCCAUCAUUAUCGUGGGCAACAAGCGGGACCUGCAGAGAGGCCGAGUCAUCCCCCGCUGGAACGUCUCCAACCUAGUAAAAAAGACCUGGAAAUGCGGCUAUAUUGAGUGCUCAGCCAAAUAUAAUUGGCACAUCCUGCUGCUCUUCAGUGAGCUCCUCAAGAGUGUGGGCUGUGCCCGCUGCAAGCACGUUCAUACCACCAUCCGCUUCCAGGGGGCACUGCGCAGGAACCGUUGCACCAUUAUGUGAGGCUUGCUCACUAUGCCCAUGCAUACACACAGAGACCAGAGCCUUCUCUAAACUGGAGGAGCACGGCCAGGAGGACACAAGCAACUCUAUUUUAAAAGGAAGCAAUGUCAGUGGCAUGCCCAUCUCUCCUGGAUGAAGCCUCAGCAUGACCUGCCUCAUCCCUGCCUAUCCUUAACAUACCAAUGGCAUGGCCUGUAGAUUCAAGGCAGUGGUGUCAUGCUCUGCCUUCCACUCCAUCAGCUGCAUUGGAUCAUGGACUGAACUAUGCAGUAUUUCAUAAGAGAAAAGAGGUUAACUGUCACCGUGGAGAGAGAAGGGACAGGGGAAGUCUCUCUGUUUAUAUUGCAGACAGUUGGUGAGCCAUGACAGCAUGGAGCAAGGCAGAGCUGGGAGGCUACCACUUGGCUAUUACCGAAGGGUAACAGAUUGGGUAGCCAGCUCGCCUUUCAGGGAGUGGAUAUCACAUACGAAGGAAGGUCCUAGAUUAAAACCUCAGAUCCAAACACUUCCAAAUUUUGGAGGUGUUUUGAUCCAGAAUUUUACUCAUUAGGCCCAUCUAUGACACAGCAGAUAUGGGGCUCUGUAGUGGGGCAUGGGGACACAGCGCUAUCUGAGUAAGAACUAGAAUUCAAACCUGAUCAUUGGGCUUGGCACCCACCAGUUGAUCCAUGGCAGAAGGGAGAUGAUGUCAGGAAGAUCGUGGUCCUAAAGCUCAGUUUAUAAACCUCCAGAGCAGGUCAGGAUGUCACCACAUCUCUCUGUCUUGGGCGAGUCACGGUCACAGUGCAUUUGUCUCUUCCCCUGGCCAUUUGCAUUGUGCCUUAUGACUGCUAUUCUGUGCUUAGCCAGGCCCAUCUUAUAGCUCUCCUGAUCAGGAAUAUGCCCUUCCCCACCCUGUCCCCUGUCCAUGGCUUGCACCUUCUCUGAACCACUUAUUCACCUCUGUCGCCAUGGGUUCCUGACUAUAUACACUGCACUGUCAGUGUGCACUCCGUGAGUUUGUCCUGCCACGUAGCUGUAUGCAUCUGGCCCAUCAUGAGUCUGCUCCCCGCAUAAGUCUAUUCCACCGUACAUCAGACUGUCAUAUAAGGCCUAUUUUCCCCAGCACCUGUCCUGCUAUAGGUUUCACUCUUCCAUACUUUUUCUUUCUGUAUGUCUGUCCCAUCAUGCUUUUCUCUCCCAGUGUCAAUCCCAUCCUGCAUCUCCUCCUCUGCAGACUUCUUUCCCACAAUUCCAAGCACAAUCUUUCAUCACUUAGUGAAGGCAAAAGACGGGAGUGGCAGGAAACUCUCAGGGCCCAGUCAUUUUUGUGUGGGGAUGCAUGAAGCUCUCAUUGACAUUGAUGAACAGGCCCUGUUGGUUUCCUCUGGACAGCCUCCUACUCUUGACAGGUGGUAGAUUUCCAGAGAGAAUGGGCUGUCCUGUUAACAUCAACUGGAUCCUGUUAACACCAACUACCUAAUGCAAACAUGUUCCCGAGUGGAGUGAAGCUUCAUUCACCUUUGGCCCGCUGUGGUGACCAGAGGUGUCUUCACUGCGCUCAGGGACACAAGGAACCAACCAGCCUUAAAUCAACAGGCCAUUCAUUCUCCCAGCAGGAGAGAAACGUGUCAGCAGGGAAGCCAAAUCCUCCUUCCUUUCACCCUUUCUAUCUGGAGCUUCCUCCCUCGAAGGACAGAGUGGCCUGACAGCACAAGGCACAGCUGAAUUGAGGGUUUUAUUUUUUUAUUUCCGGAGAGAAUUUUCCGAUGGUACCAAAAAAGAAAAGAAAUUACCCCAAAAAGUUAGGUCCUACCCUCCUGUUUUCUUCUGAUCUAUUUCUACAAGCUCAGAGCCUUUUUUAGAAUCUCAGUAACAUGAGCCCAUGUCUAAGAGGCCCCCUUACUGCUGCAUCUGUGUCCACAUUCACACAUAAGUGCAUGUCCACCCACCUUCCUGCUAAUGACCAAGAUUUGCCAGCUGUUUUUUUUUCCUUCCUCCUUUUUAUCUUUUUCUCAUUCCUUGUUUCAAACAAGCUACUCCAUCAAAAGGUAGGUUUAAAGCAAAAUGAUCCUGGUAUUCUAGGGGCAGUACCACCCCCCCACAACACAACCCGCAUCUAACUACACCGGCUUUGUCAGAAAGGUACUGGAUUCUACCUCUUCUUGCUAGAUCUGACCACUGUCAGUUGUGUACAAAUUAGAAAAUGAUUAUAAUACUGAAACAAAACUAGGCAUCAGCCUACUUGAAGGAUAAAGAAAAUACUGUAUAUACAAGUAUAAGCUGACUUACUGAGUGACAGAGAUACUUUGGCUAAUAUAAACGUAUGGUAGGACUUAUGUUAAUGUACACCAAACCAAUUUUGCCUCCCUUUGUGCAAAGGAUCAUUUGUGUCAAUACAUAUCAGGUCUGAUGACAAAAAGUCAUCCCCAGCUCCAUACACAUCACUUGUGGGGACUAGUUUAUUAACAGCAUAGGAGAUGAAAGAAAAGUCAAAUACCAUUAGAAACUCAUCUGCUGCACAGUUUUACAUAAGUUGCCCACUAAAUUUACCUUGGCUUAAGGCUACCUUGUAAGGACUGAUAGACAUGUACAUUUUUCAGUGACUCAGCUUAUAUGCAGGUAUAUACAAUUUCCUAACAAGUAAAGCUGUCUCCUUAAACUGUUUAAAAGGGCUCAUAGGCAGCUACAGUGGAUCUCAACUUCCCAAUGAAAGCAGCUUAAUUCACAAACACACAUACACCCCGUGGAGCCCAGGAUUGUUGUAAUAAAACAAGUGAGACUUAAGAGAGAGGGUUCAUUGUCCAGGCUUUACAAUGAGGAUCUGCUGUAAAUACCACUGUUAAAUUUUCUAGGCUCUUCUGUUAUCACUUUUUCCUAAACAAUCCUUUCUCUAAAUAAAACUCUUACAAGAAACACUGAUGCCAUCUCAUGGCAGACUCCUGAACGGCAUUGUGUCAAUACUGAAUUUGUUUGAAGGCAAGCUGCAAAGGAAUGAGAAGUAGGGUAUGAGCCUUUUUUUUUCCUUAUUUAUGAUAGAUGAUUGAGGCCUGUAUUUUUUUUUAAGUUUCAUUUCUGCUUUUAUAUUACAAAGUCAGCUUUUUGUCUAUUCUUUUUUCCCCCAAGAAGACUCUACGGACAAGUGGAGACCUGUUUGGGUUAUAACAUCAGAGACAUCUUCUAGGUGAAACCAGACUGGGAGGAGAAUGGAUUUUUAUUUAGUCUUUUUCAAAGGGGCUGUUUUGUUAGACCCUCUAACUCAAACACCUGAGAAAAAAAGAUGUUUUUGUUAAAGAGUCAAUUUGGGUAGAAAAAGCUCCCAAUCCUUAUCAGAGACCAGCAUGUUCUCUAGCCUGCCCAGCCUGGAACAUCUAUGGUAAAAAAAGUAAUAAUAAUAAAAAAAGCAAAUAAGAAAAUCCAGGCCUCCUUUAGCUAGGAAAAAGACAAAAGCCCAAUAUUUUGUCCUUCACAGGUCCCAUUUCACAGAAAUGCUAUUAUCAGCUUGGUAACACUUUUUAUUAAGAGUACAUUAAAAAAAAAAAACCCUCAAGUUUCACUUUUAUGACCCAGUCUGUGGCACUUUGCUGUUAAGCAUUUUACAGUCUCCAAAGGUACUUGGUAGAAUAUGGAUUACACUGAGGUCAGUUUUGCAGCUGGAAUUGUGGUUAGCUUUCAUUUCCACUAGAGAGGAUAGCAGAGUAGCAUGAAAGCAAGAAAAACUUGCAGCAAAGCUAUAGCAACCUAGUUCUUUACAUUUGUUACAAUGCUGCAUAUUAUAGACAGUUGGCACUUCACUGUACCCACAGGGAACAUGUUGGCACCUAAGAUCUAUUGCUCAAAAAAAAAAAAAAAAAAAAAGUGUAGGUCCUUAUCACGUCAGGUAAAGAAGAUCUAUUAUCAUUAUUGCAUCUGUGACACACAGUUGAGUCAGUCCAGUAAAAGGCAGUGAUACAUAUUCAUAACAACCAGUACAUUAUGCUAUAAAUAAUCAAUUGUAAAUUCUAGGCUUAUGAGUCCACUGAGAAUCAUAGAUGAUUACCCAAACUACUCAGGCUCUGUGAUCAAGGUCAGUAGAAGCUCUUGCUGGAACUGUCAUCCUAGAAUUAACUCUUUUUUGUUAUUUAUCCUGUACCCUGCACGUACUACAAAAUGUAACAUGCUUUGCUACAGGUUGUCCUAAUGCAGGGGAGGGCAAUUAUUUGAGCUGGCGGGAGUUUUGGUGAGCCGUUGCAGGCUGGGUCAGCACUCCUGCUCCCCCCACCCCCAGCUCACCCAGACUCCCUAAGUGGUCCCUGCAGGCAGAGAGUGCUCAGCCAGGUGGAUGGGAUGGGAUGGGGCAGCGGGUAGGGAGUGGCGUCUGGGCAUGAGGCAGCUGGGGCUGGGACCAGGAUCUGGAUUGCAAGGUGGCGAUAGCGCAGGCCCAGGGCCCAGGGCAGAGGUGUGAUCUACUCCCUGCAUGAUGGAUUGUAACUGGCCCAACCUGGGAGGGGGACGGAGCAUACUCCUGUGACCUGGCCCCAUGAACCCAUCCCAGCACAGGCACAUGUGGGCAGCCCCAGUACAGUGCAGCUGCGGAGCAGCACAGCCUGGCAGUGCAGGGUGGCCUAAUCUGGUCCCAGUGUGUAUUGGGGCUGCCCACGUUCACCUGUGCUGGGGUGGGGGCAGCAGGGGCCAGCCCAUGGCUGUACUCUGCCCUCCUCCUGGGUCGGACUGGUCACAGUCCAUUGUGGGGAGAAGAUCAUGGUCACCACCCCACAAUCCUGGCCCCAGUCCCACCUGCCCCACUCCCAGAUGCUGCUUCCUGCCCAUCUGCGGCCCCAUCCUAUCUGCUUGGCCCAGCGCACUCUGCCUGCAGGGGUCCCAGGCCAGGCUUCAUGGAGACCCUGCCUGCUCUGUCCAGCACCCCCAGUGGUGAGUGUGGGGUGGACAGGCUGGGGUGCCCAGGCAGCAGGGCUGGGUCUAGCAGCAGCAGUGACACUGUCAGUGACAGCCAGAAGGAGCUGCCACAGCCAAGCCUUCCAAGAAGUGAAGUCCGUCCGUAGCACCACCCCAGCCCCACUGUGCACCCGGGGUGGUGAGACUGGCACUACGGCCCAAGCUGCUCCCUGCACUUGGGCCGGAUAACAUCCCUUGGCAGGCUGGAUCCAGCUUGCGGGCUGUAUUUUCCCCACCCCUGUCCUCAUGCCAGCUUUUUGAUAUUCGUUGACACAUUACGUCCAAGUUAUUGUUCUCUUGUUUGAUAAGAAAACUCAUUUGUAAAUGCAUAUAAUAAUUAUAGCAUUUAUAGCGUGCUAUAAUGUAAACAUAUCACCUAGUAAGCCAAUACAUAGAGUAUUAUAACCCUGUAGCUUGCAGUUCAUCGCACAGUUACAGGUUUUAAUAUUUUGAAAUACGUUCUAAAUAUAAUUAUGUUUUAUAGUAAUUUAUAGGCAGAAAAAUAUAUUCGUAUUGACAAUACUUAUCAUUUAUAAAGUGCUUUUCAGCUUGGAUGUGAACUGCAGUUACAAACACCAAAUCCUCACAACCACCCUGAGGGUUUAGUUAUAAUUAUUACAGGCAGGAAUUCUAAGGUAGAAAAAUUAACUCUGUUACCCAGGGUAACAGAAAUUGCUGUUGGCAAAGCUGAAAUUAGAACGGAGGAGUUCCCUACUGCCAGUCCCAUGCUAAGAGCACCAGACGGUGUUAGCUGGUGUUGGUACUGGGAUGUGACCUCACCAACAGGUGGGAGAAAGAAACAAGGUCAGUAAUAUUUACAAAGAAGCUCUUUUUGAAUGGUUUAAUCACAAAUUUAUUUAUCAAUCAAUAAACUGUUUACAAAUCAACCCUUAAUAUAAAGUGUUACCAUACUCUUCCUAUAAACAAGUUUCUGGUAUAAGAAGGAACAUUUCUCAAUCUGUAUUUUAUUCACUCAACUCUAUUUCCAUGGCAGGAAAAUUGUUCCCAAGCCUUCUUAGCAGAUGUCUUCCCUGGGAGGCAGAGGGGAGCCUUGCACCGCUCUUUGCUCUGUGCACCUGUUGUUCAUCCUUCUAUCUUGGAGGAAAUGUGCAGACUGAAGUGGGAUUUAUUUAGUUCUCUAUCCCCACCCCCCCCGGGCACAUUCUUUCUUCUGUUUAGUCUGGGGCUUUCUUGGACCUGGGUUUCUACUUCCUCUUUGAUUUCUUGUUAGAGAGUCCUUGAGAUGUCUGUAAAGCCUGUAACACACUGUACCCCUGUUAUUUGAAAUCAGAUUAAAAUCAGGUAUGUUUUCCCUUGUUCUGUA